GAGCCUGCGUAGUGCCCUACUAGCGUCAUCUGGUGGGGCCAGGCCCAACUGGCCCCUAAUGCAGAGACGCCACUGGUCGGGAAAAUGGAGCGGAAUAAUGAAACUCUUAAGCUUUAUUAUAAGAUGCCCACAAAUUAUUUAUUUAUGUUUUAAAUCACUGGGGGCAGGCGCCGAGGUUUUUUCACUUCUCAUUCCGCUGCACAGUGAACUCCAAUGAGUGAGCAGACGUGGCGGUGGCUAACGUCAUCAAUAUGCGUCUGUGAUCCAUGGCAUAUCGAGUUGAUCCUGCUCGCAAGUCUUGAGAUUCCAUCCUUAAUCACACCUGCAUCUUUAUCUGCGAGCAUGACUGACCACUCCCGUACAUUUUUCAAAUACUGCCUUGUGAUCGACUCGACACAUUGAGCACCCCAGCUCUACACCGAAACCAACUCUUCAGAAAAGCAUCAAAUCUCCGCUGUCCAUAUAAUGGGAGUGUUAUUGUUUGUCGUUAGUGCCACUCCCCCUCUCCAACACGUCAAGUUCCGCCUAUUAACAUUUCCGGGUGCGGGUGUAGGAAGCCUGGCCUAACCGUGAAGGAAUUCAUGUGAUGAACGCUCAUGCAUGUUUGGGACAGUUUUACGCCGGAUGCCCUUCCUGAAGCAACCCUCUGCACUUAUCCGGGAUAGGACCGGCCGACAGACCAAGGAGAUGAUGGAAGAGACUGGGAUUGAGACUACACCCCCAACCAGCCCGACAGCACCAAUGACCGCAGCUGCCUCAGUCAGCCCUGUUCCAAUAAGCAUAGGUCCAUCAAGCCACCUUAUCGUUGAAGGCACUAGUUCAGUAUCCAUUGGUUCCCCCUCAGUCAGUGCUCCUUCCAAUCCUGCUUUUAGCAGUCCCAUGAAUCCAUAUUCCAUCUGUACUCCUCCGUCUUCACUUGGCGCCCGCUUCAGCAGCAAUACCUCCGUCUCCAGGUCGCCUCUGGCCUCUACUCCUGGGCUACCUCUUUCUUCUGAUGCACCUCCUGUUGGGCCUCCUAUUUCCAAUUUUUCAAUGAGUGCAGGAUAUGACAUAACACGGGGUCAUGCUGGCCGAACGCCACAGACUCCACUGAUGCCAACUUUUUUUAGCCCAUCCUCUAUUUCAGUGUCUAACCCUAUGGUUCAGCAGCCUUCCAUGACUGGGGGUUUCGAUGCCAGAUCGCCGAUCACAUUCCCUGAGGAGCAGGAAGAUCCCAGAGUACUUGCAGACAACAAUGUUGGUGGAGGACUAUGGCGAUUUUUCAAGGGCGUUGCUGGGAACCCUGUAUUUAAAACAGUCCUCGAUAAGACCAAAUAUUCUGUUGAGUCAAUGAUUACCACUCUAGAUCCUGGCAUGGCUCCAUAUAUCAAGUCCGGAGGGGAUAUUGACAUUGUGGUAACAUCGGAUAAAGAGAUGAAUGUUGACGCAGUCCGAGAUGCUUUCCAGGAGGUGUUUGGGAUGGCUGUGGUUACAGGGGAAAUUGGUCCAUCCAACAUUGCCCCACAACCUGUCGGCUAUGCAGCUGGGCUCAAGGGCGCUCAGGAGCGAAUUGAUAGUUUGAGAAGAACGGGUUUGAUUCACGAGAAGCAGCCAGUGGUCUCAAUGGAAAAAUUUAUUGCUGAGCUUUUCCCUGACAAGUGGUUUGACAUAGGCUGUUUGAUCUUGGAAGACCCUGGUCUUAACAUCCGAGUGGAGGUCUUCACCCAGGCAAUCCCACUGGCUCUGGAAUAUGUCCAGCAGGCUCAGUCCCUGACCCCUCCAGACUACAGCCUUCGAUGGUCUGGUUUUAUGGUUACAGUAGGUGAAGUCCUGGAGCGCAGCUUGACAAACAUCAGUAGAACAGAAUGGCUUCAGGCAAUGACGGGGAUGAGUCAACGUCAGAUGAUCUAUAAUGCUGCCAAAACAUUGGCUGGAAUCUACAAACGGAGCUUGCCGCCCAUUCCAUGAGGCUCUGCUGAAUUUUGUGCCUGUGAGCAUUUGGAGAUAUUUUGGGGUAGCAAAAACUAAGAUCCCUCACAGAUCCAAGGUUUUUGUCAUUGGUAAUGUUAUUUCACAUUCCAACUCAGCAAUGGGAUUUUAUUUUUGCAUAAUCACUUUCAAAAUAAAGUCAUUUUAGAAGUAAUCACCUGCUCAUCCUUUUUGGGAUUAUACAUUGUGAUUUAAUCAUAAGAUGUUUUGUUCUUCCAAAUUGUGUUCUUGAUUGGUUUUUGAUAUCUCAACUAGUUAUUUUCAUAACUAGUCUUUCUAAAGCAUACAAGAGUCAGCCCAGCCUUGGUUUUUGAUAUCUCAACUAGUUAUUUUCAUAACUAGUCUUUCCAAAGCAUACAAGAGUCAGCCCAGCCUUUCACAUUCAGUCUCAACACAAUUCAGUAAAGCACUGAAAUUUAGGCCUGAAUCAUUAAGCCAAGAGUUACAAGAAACCUAUUGCCUUUUUCAGACGAUAUGAAAGAUACUCAUCUCUGCUAUAUGUAAGAAUAAAUUAAAUACAACUAC